AUGGAUCAUAAUAUAGAGAUCAGUGGGAAGGUUGUGUUCAUUGAUGUGAAUGAUGAUGCUGGUGAGGAUGUUAAUAAUAUUAUAGAUAAUGAAUGUAUCAUGGGACAACAAGGCAGUGGUGAUGCUACACAAAAUGUGCAAAAACACUGGAGCACUAUUCUUGACAAAGGAAUAGAUCACUUGAUAGAUGCAGAAAUAAUUGGUUUGAGAUUCAGUUCCAUAGAUGAUGGCGGACAAUUUUAUAACACAUAUGCGAAGUUGGUUGGCUUCAGCAUUCGCAAAGAUGAGAUAAAGCGUAACAAAAAUAACACCGUGACCUCUAGGAGAUGGGUUUGUGCAAAAGAAGGAUUUCGAACAGCAAGAAAGGAGGAUAACUUAAAUUGCAAGCGAGAGGCAAGACCAAUAACUAGAACUGGUUGCAAGGCAGCUUUUCGUAUUAGGUUUGAUCGAAGGUCAAAUGAAUGGGUGGUAGGAGAGUUUAAAAAGGAGCAUAAUCACGACUUAGUUGCUCAACUAGAGACUCAAUUUCUCCGUUCACACAGGCAUAUUAAGGAUUCUGAUAAGGCUUACAUUGUAGCACUGCAUAAUGUUGGGAUCAAAUCAAAUCAAAUCAUGGACAAUUUGAUCCAACAAGCUGGAGGAUAUGAGAAUGUAGGGUUCAUUCCAAAAGACCUCUACAACCAUAUAGUGGCAGAUCGAAAUUCUAAUAUGUGUGAUGGUGAUGCUGAAUGUGCUUUGGCAUAUUUACAAGCCAAGGUAGAUAUGGACUCAUCAUUUUUUUACCGAUACAUUGUUGAUAAAGAAAGCCGUUUGGCCAAUCUGUUUUGGACAGAUUCUCAAAGUCGGUUAGAUUACGAAUGUUUUGGAGAUGUACUGGCAUUUGAUACAACAUACAAGACGAAUGUAUACAAAAAGCCCCUAGUUAUAUUGGUAGGAGUCAAUCACCACCGGCGGACCACAAUUUUGGUUGUGCAGUAUUGGUUGAUGAGACCGUUGAAUCAUAUAUUUGGGUGUUGCAAAAUUUUCUUGUAG